UUCUUCUAUCUCCCCCUACUACUACUACACUGCUUCCUUCUCGAACAAACCAAACCAAAAUCUCCUGAGCUAGCUGUCUUCUCCAUCGGUCGAACGUGUCGUUCGAACUCGAAGUGAUUGAGGAGAAGGGAGGUUUUGAGCUCAUGGACAUGGCGCACGAGCGAGACUCGAGCAGCAGCGAGGAGGAGGUGAUGGCCGGCGACCUGCGCCGAGGGCCGUGGACGGUGGAGGAGGACAUCCUGCUGGUGAACUACAUCGCCGCGCACGGCGAGGGCCGCUGGAACUCGCUCGCCCGAUCAGCAGGUCUCAAGCGCACCGGCAAGAGCUGCCGUCUCAGGUGGCUGAACUACCUCCGCCCUGACCUCCGGCGCGGCACCAUCACGCCGCAGGAGCAGCUGCUCAUCCUGGAGCUGCACUCGAGGUGGGGGAACCGGUGGUCGAAGAUCGCGCAGCACCUCCCCGGCCGCACGGACAACGAGAUCAAGAACUACUGGCGCACGCGCGUGCAGAAGCAUGCCAAGCAGCUCAAGUGCGACGUCAACAGCCGGCAGUUCAAGGACGUGAUGCGCUACCUCUGGAUGCCACGCCUCGUCGAGCGCAUCCAGGCCGCCGAGGCGGCGCAGCCCGCCGCCGACACGCCACUGUCCUGGCAACACGGCGCGGACGACGCUCUCGACGAGUCAUUGGAGCUCCCGGACGUCGAUGCCUGCUGGCCUGCGGAGUACGGCGUCGCGCAGCUGCCCAACACCUCGGCCCCGGAGCAUUCAGGCACCACUACCAUGUCUUCCUCGCCGUCUACCGAUUCUGGCACCGGCGCCCAGCCCAGCUGGCCCGCCGCAGCCGACGGUGCCGAGUGGUUCACCACGACAUGCGACGCCACCAGCGCCGCCGCCAUUUGCAACACGGACCAGCUGAUCCAGCAGCAGCAGGCGCCGUGCCAGCUCGGCGAAACGUGGACGUCCGUGCCGCUGCCGGGUCUCGAGUUCCCCGAGCCCGGUGUGGCGGAUUUUGAUAUCGGCAGCUUCGACGUCGACAGCAUCUGGAGCAUGGACGACUUGUGGUACACGCAGCCGCAGUUCGUGUGAAGAAAUGUCAAUACGGUGGCCUGGAAAUCCACAACGGCGCCGGUGCCCGAGAGGGAUCGCGGGGAAGCCCGUCAGAGCGGUACCUCUGAAAUUUGUGGAGGUGGAUGAGGGACAAGGCAGACUUGUUCCCAGUAAUCGCAAGGCACUGGCAUAGUCAGGCUUAGCGUGGGAGACGAAAUCGGUCUGACUGGAUAUGGUGGCAGCCCUCUCGUUGUGCCCCGCACGAUCACUAAAAGUAGCUCUAGAUGAGAACCUGCCGAAUCGGCCGUUUCUAAUGAGCCACCCUUGUGACGGUUAAAUUGCAGAACGCAGUGUACGUACAAGUAGAUGCAAUUCAUGGAGAUAGCUCCAACCUCACGUGCUAUGGUGAAGCCGCGGUUCAAAUUUGGUCACCGCCCCUCCCAAAAUU